GCCCCGAAUUUCAUUGCAUUUUACUGUAGUUCGACUUUGCGCAUGUAAUAUGUAUGUAUAUUAUGAUGUGAUAACAAGGAAACACACAAUAACCAGUGUUUUUACUGCUUUCUGUCGUUUUGUAGAUUUUAUUAAAAACCAAAGAUCUUGUUCAAGGAAUGAAUCUGGAUGUGAUAUAUGGCGAUACUGACUCCAUCAUGAUCAACACAAAUACAACAGAUUUCAAGGAAGUGUUGAAAUUGGGAAACAAGGUUUGUAUUUCAUUGGAGAGAACUGCACAGUUUGGGCGUCAUGAAAUGGCUGGCAGCAGGGCUCGAAUUUUAUCGCGGCAAUUGCCGUAGAGGGAGAACAAAAUGCCGUGGAUCAUUGCGGCAACGACGGCAAUUUUUUGCCGUAUAGUGUAAUUUUUAUACUUUUCACUGUGCAUUACUAUUUUGAUACUUGAAUUCAGAUGUUGAUCAAAUCAUGCGUAAAUCACUAUUUUAGUCUCAGUUUUCUUCGGGAAAAAAACACUAAAGAAAUACGUAGACAUGUUUCAAGCUUGUCAAAAAUCCAAAGUAACAAUAAAAUUAAAGUUUUAUUACAGUAAUUUGAAAAAAUGCCGUGGAAACUGUCAAAAUUGCCGUAGACAGCUGUUACGUUCUAUACGGCAAAUUUUAACGCCGUUGCCGUCGAUUGAUUUCAGGGAAAUUCGAGGCCUGGCUGGCAGGUUACGAAGACUGAACAGUGCAUUGAGCUCUAUAUAUAUUUGGAGUAAGAACUUAAGUCAUUCGGUCAAUGAGAAAAGUGAAGCCAAGAUGGCGGCCAUUGACGUCCAAUAUCUAUGAAGGUCGUAAACAGUUUUUAUACCAUUUCCCCCCAGCUAAUUCCAGUUUUUUCUAAUGGACCGUCUCACUAAUCAAGUUUUCAGUUCAUAAAAUCACAAUAUUAUUCUUUAAAUCGAAGUCAAAAUACGAAAUUUCAACACACUCCUUGCCAAGAUGGCGGAAAUUGAAGGAGCUCUUGGACGUCAGUUCCAGUCCCUUUCUAUUGUUGUUGUAUGCGCGGUUAACACGAAACUGGCUUCACUUUGAACAACCCAGUUCCUACUCCAGAUAUGGAGCUCACUGGAACAGUGUCGUGAGAUUCCCUUUCCUUCCGGUCACGGGGAGAUGCGUAGCAUCAUGAUCUCAUCUAUAAUUGUAAUUUAGAACACACGGAGCCUACUUUUAAAGAAGUAAAUAUCCUAGACAUUUUUAAAAUCAAUGACUAUAUUUAACCGCAUUAUUUAUGUCUCGUUAUCAUCAUCUUAAAAAUUUUGUUUAAAAAUUUUACAACGAAGUACUACACCAUGAUAACACGAGAAACCAUUUCUUUCCUUUAUUUCAUUUGACUGUGCUAAGAAGUAAUUUCAAUAUAUCUAAUAAUUAGCAUUACUAAAGCAAAACUGAACAACUAAAUCAACUGAGCAUAUAAUCAAAAGCCUAUCAAGAUUUCUAGUUGGUCUCUAGCCCUAUCACUUGUAAAUAUUAUCUUGUUUGUUUGGUUAUGUAAUAUUUUACAAAGGGAAAAAUAAAUAAAUAAGUUUUGAAAAAUUAUCCUACAUUCAGUUGGCAGUGCAGGAGCGUAUACAAACAUUAUAAACAUCUCCAAUUGAUGUGUAUUCCGUUUUCUUCCCAUAGGUAAAAAAUGAAGUGAAUAAGUUGUACAAGCUUCUCGAGAUUGAUAUCGAUGGCGUUUUUAAGUCGAUGUUGUUGCUCAAGAAAAAGAAGUGAGUAUACUGAUAGCGAGUGGCCAACCUAACCACAACCUCGUUCCCAGGCUCUUUGCUCUUGGGAAGCAAAGACCCUGGUCGGGGCUGGUCACGUGACCCAUAGAAAAUUGAUAACCUAAGAGGGGGAUGGAAAAGUAUCAAAUUACAUGUUUCCACUUCCGCACCUCACACUUCGAUUGCAAGGAGUGACCGUGCUAUACAAUCAUCUUUGAGAAUCAUAUAUACUUCAAAAUACUUGCUAAAUUGGUUUCUGUUUGCUUUUAAAUUAUACAAACAUGCUAAACUGUAGAUUCUUAUAGCAACAAACAAGUCAGAAAAUCAAGCAACGAAAGCGUAUGAUCGUAUAUGCUUGGAAAUAUUUGCCCUUUUAUUGUCUCGGGGUUCGGGCGCAGUUUCAUUUCACGCGUACGUUUCUGGCUCUGGUACGUAAGGAAUUUUACCGUCCAUAACGGGUUUUAAUCCUGUGCUUUCACAGUCAAGAUAGCACUAUUGUUUACACACAGUUAGCGAUGUUUGGGAAAUCUUCCAUUAUAAAAUAAAUCCUUUGGCUUUGUUGAAUAUCGGACAGGAUACACUUCAACCAUAAACAACCAUAUCGUUCAUUUAGUAUCGUUUGAUCGAUCAGUCGGUAUAGAAUUGGGAAGACAUAUAUGUUUCUACGGCGAUGCGUGCUCAACUUCGCAAGCCAGGCGCGUGUGGAGUCCUUGGAAGUGAAAUAUGAUCCAGCUUCUUGCUUGAAAUGUACCGCAACACUUAUAAUUGAUGACAUUCAGUAUAGCAGGAAGUUGUGUCAUGAUGAAUACGAAUUUAAAACUAUUCCUUUCACGAUAUCUUGUUGCAAAUUACAUUUUUAUCACCCGAAACUAUAACACAUAAAAUUGCAAUUUUCCAAACGCAACAAACAGACUCCUCUACCACCCCUCCCUGAGAUCAAUUCAAUUUACCACGCAGAAUCUGCGGGGUCACGUGACCAGCCCCGACCAGGGUCUUUGCUUCCCAAGAGCAAAGAGCCUGGGAACGAGGUUGACUUAACCAUUGCAACUGGUCAUGCUAUGCUAAUGAGCCAAUUUAAAAAGGUUAAAGGCGGUGCGUUUCUAAAUUUUGGAAUAAUACAAAUCAUUAAAGAUUUGCAUAGCUUGACUGUUGCUAAUGACUAGCUUCGCCACUGGUUAAUAGCUAACCGAAAACCUUAGCUAUUUUUCAGCUCCCGCAAACCCCACGCGACAUACACGCUUGUUUUAUACCCAGGGAAGCCUCACAUGUCGAUUUUUUCCACGAGAAACGUCACAUGGACUUUUGGGGGUUAGGGUGGGGGCUUCGAUAGUUUUUUCGAAAGCCUUUACAUUUCGGAAUCAUCUAUGCAGAAUAUAAAAAGGAAAACAAUUAACUUGAUACAAACACCAGUCUAUACAUUCAUAAUACCAUACCUGUUCUAUAUAUUUAUAUUAUUGCGCCUUCCUUGCAUAUCCAGUGCUUUCGACGAUUUAUCAUGCAUCUAAACCAUAGUCGAACGACUACCAUCGGAUCGUGUGCGUCUGGGAUAAGACGUUUUAUUAUAUACACAAGGUCUGGAUAUGAGGUAUUCUGCAAUCUGAUUGGUUCUCUACUAGCAGGAUAUUAGCUCAUAUCCUGCUAGUAGAGAAAAACAAAAUGGUGGCUCAAACUGAAUUUCCGAUGUUUUGCGAACGACAAAACGGCAAGUUGUUCACUUUUUAUAGCCCUUUCAGGAUUAAAAACACCAUGAAAAAACUCCCACAAAUUGCUUACAGGUUAGCAAAUGAAUUUUUAAAAUUUGAAAUGGUUAAAAAUAUAUAUUUUGGAAAAAAUAAUCGACUGAAAGAGCGAAGAUAAAACAUAAACAAAAUAGAAAAAUAUUGAAAAUAUCUGAAAAGCAAAGUCUGUGAAUUCAGACCUUGUGUAUAUAAUAAAACAGUUAUUCUACUCACUCUCGUCGAAUAUUCGACUCGAGUUCGUAGAAUAACUGUUAAAUGUCAGUCUUCCUCUACAUGAAAUCACUCUAUUGAAGAUGACGUUGGCUUCACCCAAUCAUAUAGGGCCGUUUGUCUGGAGUUGUCGUCCCAGUCUGUACAGAAUUCACUGAGUUAUUCUCCGCACAGUGGAACGAGUUUUCCCUCUCAAGUUUUAUUUGCUCGUGUGCACGCCAGGAAAUUGUCAAUUUUUCCACGCCAAGGGGUCUUGUUCUAAAGCUAGUCAUGCCAGCUAAUGGACGAUGAAAAUUUUUCGUGUGUACGGCUGUCAAGGAAAAUUUGACAAGUGUACAAGAAAUAGUUGUAUGAUUUUGGCAAACAAAAGGCGGUCUUGACGAAAGAUAAACGUUUAACAAUGUUCUGUGCAUAUACGAGCAACAAAAUUUGUCAAUGAAAACUUGUUGACCAUACACACGGGAAAGUAAACUUAUCAAAGAAACCUGUCCAGGAAACCUUGCUCAUCUGUACGUGGCUUUAAACUGAAUGUUUAUUUUCUAUUGCAGAUAUGCAGCAAUCACCGUCCAAGCACUUGAUAAUGGUAGGAGUUGUUAUAUGCCCUGUAAUUUUAUUAUUGCUGAGAAAAUUGUGCUUGCAUGCAUGGUCACUGACUAAUGUUGUUUGCAAUCACACAUACAAGAGAGCAUAUCGCGAACUGUAUAUCUAUUGAAUAUUGGACGAGAUUGAUGUGGUAAACAACUUUUGAAGUUUGUGAGUUCACGGCAACCAGGAUAAUUAUUAAAAAAUCAAUCAAUGUUUUCGCUCGCUACUCUGGUUUUAAUAAAUGAAUGCAAAGCACAGUCGAAUUACACUCACGACCCAACGUUUCGAUAUUCCAGUGUUAUGUCUUCAUCAGACUUUUUCGAUACUCCAGUCUCUUAGUAUUUUUCUCGAUACUCCAGUCUAGUGUCUUGCUUUCGAUAUUCCAAUCUAAGUCGCAACGUGGCUUCUUAUAUACCCAUGGGGUGACGUCGCCUGCCAACAAGAUGGAUAUAUUCUUAUGGCAAAUAUAAGCAUCGUCAUCCCCUAUUCAAAGCAUGAUUACUCAUAUUUAUAUGCCACGCUUCUAGGCAACGUCUUUGGCCAUGGCGAUGGGAAUCCUGAUACCAAAUUUGGCGACCUGGUCUUAUUCACUCGUAGCCUUGGGCGACUAAUUUUUUUCAAAAUUUCAAGCCCUGGUUGGGUCUUAUUAUUCUAGGUGUGGCUAGAACAUUUCAAACGGCAAUCACUUUCGGAAAGUAUUUCUCCAUGGAUGUAAAGCCAAAUGUUUGAGCUGCGAACAGGCACCAUUGUGGGGAGGGGCGAAUUUGGUAGGAUAUCUGAAAAUUAUCGCACGUUAACCAGGGACGACAUAAGUCGAAAGCAACUAACAAGAAAUAUGUCAUUUUGGAGCAAAACCCUUAUAUACCCAAAGUUUUAAACUUCAGUCAAAUACAAUAGUACGUCCUUGGCAGGAAUGAUGUUCAUAUUCGAUUCUUCUUAGGAACAUUUCACGAGUCGAAAGAGACGAAAGGUCUGGAUAUUGUCAGAAGAGAUUGGUGUCAACUUGCCAAGGAUGCUGGCAAGUAUGUAUCCGAAAGUUAGCUUUCAAGAUGCAAAGGAAAAUUCUACAUUUCCAAGGCCGAAUUUAGCAAACAUUUUGCAUUCAUUGCGUUUUUUAAUAAAAAAAUCCGUAUUCCACAUCUCAUCUUUAAAAAAUUCCUCACUCCGUUGAACAAUGAACAACAAAUUCCAUAUCCCCCCAAGCGAAAGAAUUCCCCACGCAUUCCAAUAUUCAGGGAUGCAUUUACUGGGCAAGCGCACCCCUCCUAGCCUUGGCGAAGGGGGUGCAAACGGGUGACCAAUUUCCUUAAAAAACAUGACUGUGAAAUUGUCAAGCAAGACUAUAGCCUACUACUGUACCUUGCUGUUAUAAUCAAAAUUCCGCCUCAUUCUCCAAAUUGGAUCCAUGCAAUGUUCACAACCGACUAUGAUGCGUGAAGACAAAUAGUAUAGGGUUACCUUAGCAGUGCAUAAACCAUUUUGUAACGUGGUAUUGAGAAUUAGUCGAAGAUUGUUAACAAAUCAGGAACGAGAAUAUUUAUUUCCCCUAAUCUAAAGACUCGAAACUUGGAACAGAGUACAAAUUUAAUUCAGUUUCACCGCCGAAAUGGAUAAUCCAGUUAGUGUACUUCUGUCACACAAUGGUAUGAAAUAGAAUGGAAUGGAAUAAGAUAGGACAGCUAGUGUACAAUGACACAUAAUAAUACGAUGAAAUUACAAUUGUCAUUUUAAUUUCUAUACAAAUGUUCGUAUUGUUUUUGUUAGUUAUGUGCUUGAUCAAAUUCUCUCGGCGGAAGCAAGGGAUACCAUCGUGGAAAAUAUUGCUGAGUAUUUAAGCAAAGGUAGGAAUUAAUAAUUCCAUAAGAUUGAGGUUCAAAAGACAAAUUGCACUUUGUGCAGAUCGAUAACAGAAAGCCCAAAAGGCAAUAUGGUUACAAUUUGAGCCUUAUUUCAGUAUCAUAAAAAGUUUUCGCUGAGUGCACGUUACUAUGAAAUGAAUGCUCAGCGACAUUGCCAUUUCACAAGUGUUUCCUCACCCAAGAGAAACUUUUCUCUCUUCGCAUACAAGCAAUUGUGGCCAAAACAAAGACAUUUUGUUCCAAACAGACCUAAAGGCCGUGCGAUCAAAACUCAAAAGAUCGUUCAAAGUGAUUAAAAUGUUAAUUAAAGUGCAACAAUCUUUCGUUCUUUAGUGGGAGAAGAUGUCCAAGGAGGAAAUUUAGCUUUAGAGAAAUUUGUCAUCAACAAGGUAAUUUAUCUUAUAUAUUUCAUUUACACUGUUUCCAGGAUACAUUCUAAAAAAAUGUUCAUGAUCAAUAUCGAUUCCUCCCGAAAUGUUGUCCCAUAUAUCCCCAUUGUUUAAUUAAUAACUGCUUUAACAUGCGCACUUUCACUUAAAGUUUCUCUGAAUUGACUCCAAACAGAUAAUAAUGAUCUGUAGUUGAACGUCGUGAACGUAUAAAAUUCGAAUUAUAGAAAUGGGACUUCCAUAUAGUCGCCAAAAAGUUGCUUCCGUUUGGGUCUGGUUGUCCGUGAUCCAGUUAUGUUCUCCAAGCACAAUACGUUUUGUUGGUUUCAUCAUAUAUUAGUGUUCAUCAUAUAUUAGUGUCACUGUGCUGCCAAGUAAUGUGAUUUUUCUGUUGUAUGUAAUUAUGUGAAAUAUUAAUUUACUUUAAUUCACAUUAGCCACAUUUUAUUAUUAGUUAGUUAAAAUGUACAGUAUUAAUCACACGACCACAUCAGUUAGAUGCUGUAAUAUUAUUAUCGUGUUUAAAUAAAUGCUUUUAUUAUUAUUGUUAUUGCUGUACGCAAGCCAGUAUUUACCGUUUGCAAAGAUAUAUAUAACCCCUUGUACCAUUACAAUCCAUUGGCAUCUUUACAGUAUUACGACAAUAGAAUGGUUAUGGGCAUUGCGCGAAAAUCGAGGGACAAAUCUAGCGAUUCCAAGUCCCGCGUAUAAGGUAGCACGCCAAUUGACUACAUCGAAAUCGUCGUAGCACAUAGCACCAUAUGAAUCUAUGUGACUCAUUUUAUUGCAACGUUUAAUAUUGGAAAUGUGGAAUUAAUAUUUUACUGCAUUUUACAAAAUGUGUAUGUUUUUCUCGUGGAAUGUUGCUAAGGGGAUAUCAAUUUACCAAUGAGCAUAUACGAUUUUACAUCCGGGACAUACAUACGCUACUUAAAUCUGGCCCCAUUAUAGAAAGCUUCAACUUGUCACUUUUCGUUUGAAUACAAUUUAAACUACAAUGCCCCCUCUAUUUGUUUAUAAAUUAUGACUACGCCUCGGAAAUACUAUAGUCAAAUACAUUUUAUUCCAGGAAACAUUUCAAUGGCGUUAUACUCUAUCUACAUAACUAUAGUAACGAAACAUCUAAAAUACGGACGGAUCUACAGGACGGUAGAGAGGUCCAACACCACCCUAAAAAUAUCUGCUUGAAAGUACAUUUUUGCUUGUUGAAUUUCUAUACUGUUAGCGCGCAUGUCGAUUUUUUGAAACGAUAUGAUUGAUUUGUGAGCUCACGAGAAAAUACUCAGAAUACUUUAGUUAAUUAAAUAUAUGCUGUACUUCAACAAGCAAAUCUACAGCACUGUCCAAUCACACAUAGAUGAUAUAAAGCUGAUAUAAACUUUAUAAACAAAAUAUAAUGUAAAACGGCGAUCAUGCAGAUUCGGCCAUCUCAAAUAAUGGGAAAGUUGGGAUAGCAGCGUUGCAGACUGCAGAGGAGACUGGGGAGUAAGACUCUCAUGCAUCACCACCCCCGAAAACCUGCACUCCUCUUUGCAGAUGAGGCUAUAGAUCCGCCCCUGAUCUGAAACAUUGUCCUUUAUCUUUAGCAACUAACAAAAGCUCCAAAUGAAUACCCAGACAAGAAGUCUUUACCUCACGUUCAUGUUGCCUUAUGGAUGAAGAGUAAAAACAAGAAGGUCAAUGUGGGCGAUACCAUCCCCUAUGUCAUAUGUGAUGUAAGUUGAUCCAGUUAAUGGACAUUUUGCAUGUUUUUAAAUGGAAUUAUUUUAAGAAGACAUGUUCCCCCUAAACGUCGGAAUGCUUGUUAAUCUUUUUUCAGUUAGGUGGUGAGGUUUUUUAGGGGGUGCUGGGUGAGCAGCCGCGUGUUUCUUUAUAAUUCUUUAGGGGGUGGUGGAAGAGCAUUCAAAUGAGUUGGCUACCUAAUGACUCGAGCGCCGAAGGCACAAGCUCCCUAGGCAGUCUGGGGUACUUCUCCCUAGGGGGUCUGGACUAAAAUUUUGAAAAUUAGAACCCUAGAAAUGCCAUUUCCUGCGAUUUGGGAAUUGAAUUAUGAGCUUCAGUUUGACUUCAAAAAAGGAAAAACCUUGGAAAUUAUGCCAUAGUGAUAAGCCGAUAGACGAGUAGCCUUGAGAUAAAUGGAUUUUCUUCAUAUUUGAAUGUUUUUGAUUGGUGUUUUAAUUUCUCUUUUCAAUAUUGAAUACUUAUGAUGGACGUUUACAGCAAUAAGCAAUUAUAGUAAUGUUGGCUAUCCGUUAUUAUAGUGACAUCUUGCACCCCCCCCUUGCACCAUUGUUGACCAAGGCCCAACACCCCUGGGAGAGUUUAAGAUCUACGACGCAGCAAGUCAACGACGCGCCUUCAAACCAAAUCAAUUCUUAAUGCAAAAUAAAAAGUAUGAAUAAUUUGUGGUCCCAGGGAGCAUCCUGAACAGCAUUGCCAUACCAGCACUUGUUGCGCCGUGGUCAUCACUCUUGCCUUUCAAGUUGGGAGACCCGGAUUCAAUUUUUGGUCGGACCUCUAUACAAGGUCUUAAAAUAACUGAGGAGAAAGAGCUUUACCUUUACAUUGACAUCAGUUAAUGUUUAGACAUUCGCGUCUUCUCGGAUAAGGACGUUGAAUCGUGACUACCUCGGGUCCCCUAUCAGUUGGGCAAUAGCCUGUUAGGAAAUCCGCUCACCAAUAAGUGAGAAACUCAAUAAACGGAAUACAACGUUAAACUAAGAUAAUUUGGAUUCUUGCACUUCACUUGGUGGAAUUAAUAUUAGAAUGUUAGGGUUUGUAAUCCAAGUGAGAAUAUAUACAUUUUAAGACCUAACCAGGAACGACUGCGAAAAAUGCAGCACAAGGUCCUCUGGUAGGAAUUGAACCUACGGCCCUGCGAUUCCGGUGCAGCGCUCUAAAAUGUAUAUAUUCUCACUUGGUUACAAACCCUAACAUUCUAAUAUUAAUUCCACCAAGUGAAGUGCAAGAAUCCAAAUUAUUGAAAGCCACCUUAUCACAACCCGCACACCCGAUUACCUAUAUAUACAUGAACUUGCGGUUACAGCUCAACAGCUGGCCUCUGUAGCUCAGUUGGUUAGAGCGCUGUACCGGAAUCGCAGGGCCGUAGGUUCAAUUCCUACCAGAGGACCUUGUGCUGCAUUUUUCGCAGUCGUUCCUGGUUAGGUCUUAAAAUGUAUAUAUUCUCACUUGGAUUACAAACCCUAACAUUCUAAUGUUAAACUAAGCAUUAUCAUGUCUUCCAGCAACGUGAAAGCCUAUUUCGACGUUAUUACAAUCAUAAGGUCAGCCUUGUAGCAAACACCAAAUCGUUUCUGCUGAACUUAACUGUUUGUAAAGUUAUUAAAAAGCUUCAAGCAUUUAUUACAGUAAUCAAAGUAUUUUGCCUCAUUGUUGACCUGGAAUUGAGACGUUAAUUGAAUUCGUCACGUCGUAGAUCUUAAACUCUCUACUGUCAUCGGGUCACGAUUCAAUGCCCAUUCGUAGUUUUGAAAAUCCCAGUGAUGUCCAAGCCAUCCAGUCACUCAUUGCGUGCUUGUUACUUAUACAAUAAAAACUACUGACUCUGGAGUCUGGACCCCCAAGUGACGGCCGUACAGCGAGAGAGUCUAUCUCCUUUUCGCUUCAGCCAGACCAGGGAGUGUUUGGCUAAGGCUUACAGCACAGUCGAGUUUCACCUGAAACCAUGGACGAGCAAGGAAUGGAUUCCCAACUGAACUAUCCUCGCCACGUUAAUACGAAAUACCAUUAAGGAGCAAAUUUACCCAGUACAAUACAAGUUAAAUAUGUUCACGUGUAUAUGUUUCAGGAUGGUUCAACGUUGCCCAUGGCUCAGAGAGCUUAUCAUCCUGAAGAAUUUCUGAGAUCUGAAACUCUUAAACUUGGUAUCCUUUUUUCUAAAACUGAAACGAGCCAAAUUAGAGGCUGUUUAUAUGUGCCUUGCUUGCCAGGUUGGCUCGCUUGCCAGGCAAUUAUCCCUUUAGGCGGACUGGACCGAUAAGCGCUAGCAAUGAAUUCCCGCGUGAUUUUAGUGGGAUAUCUCGCCUCAUUCAAGCCAUUUGAAUCUCGAAGGCAUAUAAAAACAAUAUAUGAGGCUGUAACUCGGAAAUAGCGAGCCAGCUCGGUUUACACGCCCAGUCUGGCCCAUAUGAGUAACCCGUGGAAAGUCGACAUCUCCUGAACAUACCUCUGGGAAUUUUUUCGAAUGUAUAAUUCUUAACCACCGCUCGUAUGUUAAAAAAUAUGAGUCAAAUGCCCCACUAGCAGGAGUACAUGUAAAUGAAACUUUAUAUUAUAAUAAUUAUAUCAAUCAUAAUUACAAAUUGAACAUUGACAAAUUUCUGGCAAUGGGCAAAUGCAUUAAUGUUUCAUUCAGGAAUACCGCUUUAGGUAUAGUAAUGUUCCAUGAGGACAACAUACGCAGGUAAUACGAUUUAAUGGCGGGAACAAAAUUGUGUGAAUCCUAGCCUUCCCCACCUCUCCCCCGAAAAAUUCAGAUUAUCUGAUUUGAAACAGCAGCUGCAGUGAUAUCAUGCAGGGCCCAACUGAAAAUGGCCAAGGCGAGUUUGGCUCCUUGUUGAAAUAUUAUGAUGAUACUUAAAAGUCUUAAACGUAAACUCCGGAGUUUGUGCAGUUCCAUUUUAUUUACCAUGCAUAAUAAUUUCCUUGACUCUUAUCCCAGACAGUAAAUAUUACUUGGCUCACCAAGUCCAUCCGGUUGUUUCUCGGUUAUGUGAUCCUAUUGAUGGCACAGACUCCGCUCAUAUCGCCAGCUGUCUUGGUAAGUUCCUCGUUCUCCUCAAUCCUAAAAACCUAAUUCCCAAGGACAAAAUUUGUUCUUGCACCUUGGGAAACAACUUUUGGGAAGCCUUGAUAUAAAUCUUUUUUGUGGUAACCUCUGAAAUUCAUCAUUACGUGGAAUUGACAAGACAAAAACUAUGUACUGCCGUUAUUAGGGAGCUUAAGCAAAGCUGCGUGCUUAAGAUUUCUGGGGGGGGGGGGCUGGAUUAAAGACGUGUUUUUGUCUGUUUGUGGUAAUCUUCAACACAUAUGACAAAACGCAAGAUUUUUAAAGUGUUUUUUUUUAUUUCUUGCACGGGCGCUCUGAUGCAAAUUGUCACCAAAAUUAGUUUUCGGGCGACGUCCGUUUUGCAAUGUGCUUUAUCUUUGCUUACAGGCUUGGAUCCAUCAGGAUAUCGUUCUUCUAUUGCACAUAAAGAUGAAAAUGACGCUCUUCUUGGUGGUGAAGCGCAAAUGAGUGAUGAAGAACGAUUUAAGGUCAUCAUUUAAUUAAACACAUAUAACGUGUUGCACAGUGGGCAUUAUAUUUCAGUAAGCGGCCCCUGAAUGCAAACAGUUGCUGUCAUUGCAGGAUGCGGUAAUUGAAGUCAUUUACUGUACCUCACUGGUACUCCAAUGGUAAUAAAAUUACCGUUUACUUGAUGUGCACACGGAAACGUUUUUGAGCGUUUUCAUUUGUAUUUUCACGCUGAAACGGAUGCAAACACUAUCAAUUUACGACAGAAGCUGUAUAGUUUAUUUAAUAUAUUGGAGAUAUUUUCCUUUGGAUCGUGUGAACAGCGCGUCAAAACGAUUAAAGGGACAAAAACGUUUUUGAAAACGCUGGAAAACGACGCCCGUGUGCACAUAGCCUUAGUCUUAAAGUAAUGUACAUCAAGCAUAGUUUUCUAAAACGUAUUUAUGCAGUAACUCGAAACUACUGUUAGAAGAGAAGGAGCAUGGUUACAUAUACUGCAAAAACAAAAUUGAGUCCAAUAUUCCAUAUUUGCACAUCAUAUUUCUGUAUAGCUAGUUAUUGUGCAUGGUUUUGAAAAACUUAGGCUUGGAAAUUUUCUAGUCAAUUAAUACAAGCAAAAUUCAAGUACUCAUGCAGUGAGAGUACCGCAUUCGUAAACGUGGCACUUGGCUGGAAAUAAGUAAUACUAGCCGGCAGCACCGCUGCCAGGAAAUUUUAAUAAAAUGUCUUAGCAAGAAAUGUUCUUACAUCUUGCAGGAAGUUAUUGUCAUACUUAUACUUAUUAUUUACAAAAGCGUUUUGCAAGUUGAGAUUGUCCACUACACGUUCACAUAGUAUAGAGGUUCAGAUUUGAGUUCCACUACCUCUAACUGGCUUAGUACGCAUCUGAUUGGUUAAUCGAAUAAAUCGAACGCAUCUGAUUGGUUGAUGUUCCCUUCAUGGUAGCGGUAGUGGAAGUUAAAUCUGAACCUCUGUGUGGCACCAUACGUUCUCCGAAAUCUACAUUGUGCAGGAAGUUUUAAAUUUGACUUACACAGGAGAUUUUCCUUGUUUUUUUAUGCAGGAUUGCGACCCAUUUUCAAUGCGUUGUAUGAACGAAAAUUGUCAAGAGCAAUAUGUCUAUGAUUUAUCUUCUGAAAACAAAGUAA